GUAUUUCGUCAUCGCUGUCACGUUGAUUCCCGGCCGAGCUCGAGCGAGGUUAAAUAGCGGAUGUGUGCCGCAGAACCGGCAGAUUAGCCCGGCUCAGAGUGUCCUACUCCUGCCAGUGCAGACAUUUUUAGAGAACUAACCGGUCAGACGGACGAAAGAACGGACGAGGCUUUACUUUAAGAACGAAACCAGUCUUCUUCUUCUGUUUUAUUUGACAUUAUUAUUUUACCGGGACUUCAGCGGCUCGGUUCCCGUUUUCUGUGCGUAUCUCCAGUUUCUAAGGAAUGCCCAGAGAGCUGACCCAGAACAAGAUCCAAAAGAUCUGGAUUCCUACAAAGGAUGACAAACCGUCACCACGGAGAGGUAAAAAAAAAAACCUUUUAAAUAUAAUUUUUUAUGAGAUUAUCGCCUGUUUUCUCAUAUUAGAUUGAAUAGAUAGGCAGUUACUGUUAAAUUUACAUUAUUUCUCGUCAUUUUAUCGUCAGAUUGACCGUUUUUUUCGUCUUUUACGAUAGAAUAAGGAUGUUUUUGUCAGUGGUUGUUCAUGUUUCUGCCUCUGUUCUUGAAUUUCAUCCACAAUAAGACCAAAAAAUGAAAUUAAACACUGAUUUAUACACGUUUAUUUUCGUUUAAUAGACUAAAUUUACAAAAUUAACCGUAAAAGUUUCAUUUCUGCUCGUGGAAAUCCCGUGCACAUGUCUCUCACUCUGAUUCUGACUCAUCAUAUGAUCGAUCAGGGUCUCCAUCAGCACGCGCAGCACGUCACACACCUCCACUAGAGCAUGCAGUCGUAGCCCCCGUCACCAUGGUUACAGCAGCAGCCCCGCAACCUGUAUCAGAAACGCUUGUGCCGGUGCCGGCUUCUUAUUGGCCGGGGAGAAACGCGUGUGCGUGGCGAGAGGUCUGCAUCUGUCCUCGAGAAAACACAGAGGAGAGAGAAAAUGGAGGUUAUAGAGAUGAUGCAGGAAUUUAUCACCACUUUGAAUGAGCUGCUGCUGCCUCCUUUAUGUUUGUUUAUCAAAGCUGUGGAUGGUAGUCAAAUAUGUAUGUAAAUUUAAACAAAAAAUGCUCUCCUCUUGUUUUAAGCGCCUAACUGAGCAUAUCUGCAUUCAUCUGCAGCUCUGAACUCUUAUUGAUCACUGACUUUCCAUGGGGAAUUAACCGAGCAAACCUAUAGUUAGGGUACUCAACCUGAUCACAAAAGGAAGAUCUUGUCUUAGCUGUGACCAUAAUAAUUUUCUCAACCCUAAAAUGCCUUUUGAUGCAUACUUUUGUAUACUUCUAUUGAAUCAAAAUGAUCAACAAAUUACUAAAAAACACCUGAAUACAGUCCGAUAAAUGAUCAUUUAUCAGUUUCCAAAAACAUCUAAUGUAUCAAACCAGAUAGAUAAAUAUAUUUGUUGAAUUUUAAGUGAAAUGAACAUCUCAGCUCUAAAAGUAGUUGAAUUUUCUGGCCAUAAUUUGUGAUGUCAGGCAUUAAAUAAUAAUAAUAACACUCAAAGAGGCUUUACAUAGUACAUAAAACCCAAGGUAAUAAAAAAAAGAUAUAUAGACAGUAGAAAUAAAAUGAAUAAAACAGUUAAAUAUUAAAAGCAAUUUUAAAUAAGUGAGUUUUUUAAAGGGAUUUGAAGGUAGUGGGGUCAGGGCAGUGUCUGAUUGAGGGUGGUAGGGAGCUCCAGAGGGUAGGGGCAACUGUGGAGAAUCCCCCCAGGUUCGGUGCUUAGGCUAUUGGAGGUGACGAGCGACUACUUUUCAUGUAAAUCUUUCAGGGGCAUUUUUUCCACCAGAUGUGCAGGAUCUUUUUCGUUGCAAUUUUGCAGCAGCGCUCUGAAAUCACCACAAAAAUCUCCUCCGUCAUCCCUGAAUCCACCACAUCUCACUGUGCAGCAUCCUGUCCAGUCUCUUCCAACCAUUUUUAAGUAAUUUUCACAAGUAUUCAGUGACCUACAGAUCCUCUAGCAAAAUGUCAUUCGACCUAAAAUCUCCAGUGUGCCUUAGGGGUGGGGUGACUUUACAUUCGGUGGAGGGAUGACAGCCCACCCUGACUCGGGUGAUCCGGUUCAAAGCGUGCAGAAGUGGGUCAACAUGCAGCGAGGUGGAAAUUAUAGUCUAGCGCCAGCAUUCAGCCACGUGCGUGCUGAGAGUGUGUUACCAUGAGGAGGAGACAUGGAGAUUAUAGCCGCAGAGUUGGCUUGAAUAAAUAAUCUGGGUGGGAUGCAGCUGUUUGGUUGUGAUUUGACGUUUACGCCUCUUCUCUCCCUUUCUGCAGCGGCAUGCGCUCCCCACUUCUCCAACCCCCCCACCGUCAUCGUGAUGGUGGGCCUCCCCGCUCGGGGGAAGACGUACAUGUCGAAGAAACUCACCCGCUACCUCAACUGGAUCGGCAUGCCAACCAAAGGUACACCACGAUCAUUUCAAUGACGUGAACAGACUGUGUGUAUAUUUGCUUAUCAGUGGCAGCGUGACGUUCAUAUUUCCAACUCCAGGACAUUUUGUUGAUGAAGUUAAUGUUAUUUUUUACUUUGUAGUCUUCAAUGUUGGAGAGUAUCGCAGGGAGGCGGUGAAGAACUACAGCUCCUAUGACUUCUUCAAGCCUGAUAAUGAGUGUGCUGUAAAAAUCCGGCAGUAAGUUCAACACAAACACAACUACACAUGAUCUACUGUGUAUAUUUAUGUUUGCAAUAACUCAAAUUAACCUUUAUUUAUCUGUGUUCAAUAGGCAAUGUGCCUUAGCUGCUCUGAGAGACGUCAGGUCGUAUCUGAAGGAUGAAGGAGGCCAAGUCGCUGUAAGUUUCCCAUCAUGCACGCUCUUUGUAAACCUUCAAAAGUUGGCGGCUUUUGUCUCAUUCAGCCGUUUCUUUCAGGUCUUUGAUGCCACCAACACGACAAGAGAAAGGCGAGACAUGAUCCUCAACUUUGGCAACGAGAACGGCUUCAAAGUGAGUGUUUCUACGGCGACCUGAGGGAAGAAAGAGUAGCUUAUUAGCGUGAGGCAGCGGCGUUUAACUCCCGCUUUGAUUUCUGUUUGCAGAUCUUUUUCAUCGAGUCUGUGUGCGACGAUCCCAGCGUGAUCGCUUCAAACAUCAUGGUGAGUGACCGAUACGAUGUUAUAAAAAUUCCCUUGAUUGUGAGAAAGAAAUUAAACAUGUCCACCUCUCUGGAAUCAGGCGUGUUGUUUGCCGUCUGACAGUCUUCCCUCCCUGUGCAGGAAGUGAAGGUGUCCUGUCCGGACUACCGCGACUGCAACAAGACCGACGCCAUGUUGGAUUUCCAGAGACGGAUUGAGUGCUACAAAUCCAGCUACGAACCUCUGGACCCUGAUCAGUACGACAGGUAAACGACCACCUUUCCUCUCUUAUUCUGGAGUUUGUGAUCCACGCCACCAUGUAACACAUAUCCUGCGUCCUCUCCUCCUUCAGAGAGAACUCCUUCAUCAAGGUGAUAGAUGUCGGUCGGCGCUUCCUCGUCAACCGCGUCCAGGAUCACAUCCAAAGUAAGAUCGUCUACUACCUGAUGAACAUUCAUGUCCAGCCCAGGACCAUCUACCUGUGUCGGCACGGCGAGAGCACCGACAACCUGGAGGGACGGCUGGGCGGUGAUUCAGGACUGUCCCCGCAGGGCAAAAAGGUACGGCCUCAGAAAGAAAGACGAUUGAAAUGACUUAAAACAUGAUAACGGAUUAAAUCAAGGUGGUUUAUACGGUUUCCUUCUCGGUGUAGUUCGCAGCCGCCCUGUCUCGAUUUGUGGAGGAGCAGAAACUGAAUGAUCUGAAAGUUUGGACCAGUCAGCUGUGUCGCAGCAUCCAGACCGCAGAGCACCUGAGGGUCCCGUAUGAACAGAGGAAGGCUCUUAAUGAGAUAGACGCUGUGAGUAUCACCUUCAUUAACCCUUUUCACACCAUGUUACACUGCUAUAAAAGCCGUCAAACUUAAACAUCAUCUCUUUUUAUAGGGAGUGUGUGAAGAGAUGACGUACGAAGAGGUGAAGGAGAAAUACCCAGAGGAGUUCGCACUGAGGGAUGAAGACAAAUUCUACUACCGCUACCCUGCUGGAGAGGUAUUUAACCACACGUUUUUAAAAAGUCAUUGAUACUAAAACAGAUCUAAUUCAGAAGUUUUGUUUCGAUCGAUUUCUCAAACAUGAUAAUCAAUCAUUUCCUUUCUUUAUUCCAGUCCUACCAGGACCUGGUCCAGCGGGUGGAGCCGGUCAUCAUGGACCUCGAGAGGCAGGAGAACGUCUUGGUUAUCUGCCACCAGGCUGUCAUGCGCUGCCUUCUGGCUUACUUCCUUGACAAGAGUGCUGGUCAGUACUACAUUUCCCAGAAUCCCUCUUGUUUGUUGACAUGAUUUGAUUUACUAAAGAGCUGGUGUUAAAAUCUGACUUCCUUUGGUUUCAGAUGAGAUGCCCUACCUGAAGUGUCCCCUCCACACAGUACUGAAGCUCACCCCGGUCGCCUACGGCUGCAAAGUGGAGUCCAUCUCUCUGAAUGUGGAGGCAGUGAACACCCACAGAGACAGACCAGAGGUAAAGCCUCAUAAUUAUGAUUAUUGAUGAGUUUAAAUCUUCAUGUUUCAUCUUGUAAAUUAAAACUGGGUCAAAGUCAAACUCAACAGGAUAUUACUCGGCCUUGAUUCCUGAGUCAUAGUGACACGUCUGUGAUGUUUCCUCUCCUGCAGGAGGUGAAAAGAGGUCCUGGCAUCCUGAUCAGGAGGAACAGUGUGACUCCUCUGACCAGCCCUGAGACGAACAUAAAGAAACCUCGAAUCGAUGACCUGGAUGAGGCUCCGAUCCAGGAUCUGCCUCCAUCUGUUGCCUCACUGGCUCUCUGCAGCCCCUCACACCUCCCACUCUCCUUGGCUGGACAGGUACGCUUUUAUUAGACGCACUUCAAUCAUUUUCCACGUAGAGUCACCAGGUUUCUGAAGCAGGGCUCUUGAAAUCCAAAAAUAGACAAAAACAUGUCCUCAUCUGUUGCCUCUUCUGGUUUCCUGUGAAGUCUGCGUGCAUGUUUGUUUGCUCACUUAUUUCCCAUCCUCUUUUCCUCUGCUGCCUUCUUCCGCUCUGCACCUCACAGCAUUGGCUGGGCAAAGUUUGCCUGUAAGUAUCUGCUCAUGUCACUUCCUCUACUCACUUCCUCGCUCUGUCUGUACUUUGUUUACAUUCUGUUAACUGGAAGCAUUUCUUUUCCCGGACUGCCCUGGAAACUUGCAGCAGCAGCUAUGAAUACUGAAUCACAUGGCUGUAAACUGAUCAUUUAUGCCCGGAUCUUCCCAGCACGUUGUGAAUCUGUGCUGUUUCAGGCCUGAUUCAUAGGAAAUUCUGCUGUAGUAAAAAGUGGGCGUGAGGGAAAAAGAAAAAAAAAGGGGUUCUUCCAUAUUUGGUCACGGGGAUCUCUCACUUCCUAGCUGACGUUCUUGUAAUUCUUUCCUGCUGACGUCACCAUAAUCUGCUUCUUGUAUGCUGACUCUUGUUUUUGUCUCUGUGUUUGCUCUAUUUUUGGCUCUUUCUUGUCCUGCUUUAAGACGAACCGUCCUCCAAUAUCUCAAAGUGGUUUCACUCUUAGUCUUGCAAAGGUAAACACACUGUAGAAGCUUUGUAGAGGCUUCGUAGAUCUGCCCGCGGCCACAUCUGACACAUCAAAACUUUGGAUUAAUAUAAGCCUGUCAGAUUUAACCAUGUCUCUGUGUCACAAUCAGGAGAUUUUUUAAUAAGUUAAAUAAACAAUUAAGAAAAUCAGCUUAAAGCUCUUAUUUGGAGUUUCUUUGUGUUAAUAAAAUAAACUAGAAUUUAUAAUAUUGACUUUACGUGACAUCUAAAAGUAAAUAAGAGACAAAAUUAGCACUUUUCAAUUUGUAAUUUUUAAUUCUUGAAACUGGUGUGAGCAGCAGAAGAAAUAGCCAUGCACAUAAUAUACUCACAAUAAAUUAUACUUUUGACGGUCAAAAGUCAGCAGGAUGAGAUUUUUAGUCAAAAGACGUUACUUAGAGAUUUAGAUGACAAAAAAAAUGCAAGGACUGUUUUGUCCAAAGGGGGCGCCAAAGUCGACACAAACCAAAAUUUUCCUACAGGAGCUUUAAGAAUCAUGUUUGAGAGAUAAAUGAUCAUUUUCUUGCAAGAAACAACAUAUUUUAAAUGCUGUCAGCAGAUUCUUUCGCAAAGACACGUCUAACCCUAAUGCUAGCUCCCGUUAGGCUACGUUCACACAAUUCAGAUUUUUUGUUAAAUCAGAUCUUUUUGGGCGGUCGUUCACAUUACAACAACGAAUGCGGCAUCUAAUGUGAAAAAAAUGUUUUUUAGACGGUCAAAGGUCAGCAGGAUGAGAUUAUUAGUCAAAAGAUGCAAGGAGUGUUUUGUCCACAGGGGGCGCCAAAGUCGACACAAACCGAAAGUUCCCCACAGGAGCUUUAAGGAUCAUGAUUAAGAGAGAAAUGAUCAUUUUCUUGCAAGAAAUAAACAUAUUUAAAAAGUUAUCGGCAUAUUCACGUUCAACCCUAAAGCUAGCUCCUGUUAGAUGUGCUUUAAUGUGUAGCCAGCUAGCAAUAGACGAUAAUUUAAGUCUUGUGUUUUAGCAUGCUUUGGUGUGUCAUCCCAACCCUUCCUGCUAACCGUAUAAAUAUUUCUCUCAUGGUGGUCCCGUCCUUUGCUAGUUUUAAAAAACCUUAAGAGCUCAGAAAGCUUCAUUGAUUACAUCAGGGGAAACGGCAUGUCCACGCUCGCUCUUCUAGCUCAGUGGAUAAUGCCUUUGGGCGUGUGUAUAUCUGGACAGCUUCAUUCAUAAUCACCUGAGGAUUAACUCGGAGUUGCCUCUCACUCCCACACAUCCUGCACACAGCAACCUGUUCACAAACUCGCAGCUCUAUUUCACGCCCUCUAAAAACAUCACAGAGGAAACGAGAGCUUGAGAAAAGAACAGCUGGUGAAACGAGAGCACAGCGUCGUGUUCUGAUGUGAAACUCCUGACCCUUGAAUGAUCUGUGUUGCAAAGUUAAUCUCUGAAGAAAUACAGAAGGAUCUCAAGUCUCACCUUGUUUGUUUUUCCUUUUUUUGUCUGUUUGCAGAACUUGAGGAGAAACUCGUCUCGGCACGACAUCCUGCAGCCCUGCCAGUGAAGCGGCGCGUCACGUGGAUCGCUGUCAGACUCCUCGAAGAAAAUGAUCAGUUGGAUGAAUAUUUCAAGGACAUUAACAACUUCAAUUGUUCAAAAAGGGCCAUGGUUGUUGAAAGUCCUAUCUCGUACCUACAUCAUUUCAAAAGUUCUCCCUUUGUUGCUUUUGUCAGAUAUCGUCUCUCUCACUGAGACUUUUUAAUCUGCUGUUUUUGUACAUCAUUUAAGACUGAAAGAGGCAAACUGUGACUCAUUGAAAUUCAUGUCAGUUGAUUAUGUGGUUCAGACGGCUCUCUGGGAAACCAGUUUGUUGUGGUUUGUUAUUUAAGAGAGAGACCAAAGACCAACCCUUUAUUCUCGGUUGCACUGAUGAUCAAAAAACACCUUCAUUUUACAGCACUGGCAAUUUUAAGUGGAUUUAUUCUUAAAAACAAUGUUAAAACAGUCCUGAUUUAAUUCACUCCUUUCUAAGAUGACAGAAUAAGUUGGAUUGGGGCUAAAUUUUGACUCUUUUUUUUUGUUGUUUUUUUUCAUCGUCACUGUUUUUUUUUUAAUGUAACUUCACGGUGAGGGAGGAGAUUUACGCCGUAGAGUGCCUGUAGUGCUGCUUCUCUCUGCUCUUUCUCUGGAAUUGAUUGCUUGAGAAGAGGCAUCACAUUUCACCUAAUAACUCCACAUAUCAUUUACAUGUUUAACCCUCACGGUUCUUAGAGUCUCAUAGCAGAGGUACUCGUAGUUUCAUCAGUUAACAGAGUUCUCUCCGCUUAUGGAAAAACUUCAUUUUUAUUAUUUUCUUUUCUUUUGCUGUCAAUGUCAGAAAAACGCACAAAUGUGAGCACCUUUAUUUUUGUUAAAACUACGCGUGCUUGUAAUAAUACCUUUGUAAAUGUCAGUGUACAGUAUAACUGGAGACGGAUGAGAGAUAGCAUGGAACUCUUUUGGAAGUAUUUGAAUGAAAAAGCGUGUGUUUUUUUUGAUAACUUGUUGGGAUUGAAUGUGAUGUUUGUUGUUGAGAAGGAAGCUGCUGCUCACCUUUCUCAGUAAAACUUUUAACAUGUUUGUUUGAGAUACUUGAAAUUUUUUGUAAAAAUCUGUUUUAUUAUAUUCUUAAUUUAUAUUUAUUUAGUUUUGGAUGACUGGUGGAUGAGUGAAGGCACACCUUGGUUCAAUCUGAAGACUAUGCAUGAGAGUACAGUAUGUUGAACGGUUAAUUUUUCAUCUGCUGGACCAAUAAAUGAACUCCAGGAAAACACACA